AGGAGCACGCAGUACGUAGCCGUCGUUCGUGUUCCACGCAGUGUUGAAAAAUGUCUGUGCGGGCACUAAACAACUGUCUGCUGUUCAGUUUAAAGAACAACAAAAAUUCAAUCAUAAAAAACUGCCUAAGAACCACGAGCUCAGCUGCACACACUCUUAAGGUAGCAGAAAAAAUUAAGGAGAAACGGAAGGAGGCUUUGCUGGGUGGUGGUAUCAAAAGAAUCGAUGCUCAGCACAAAAAGGGAAAAUUGACUGCAAGAGAACGCAUACAACUAUUCUGCGAUGAUGACAGCUUCGUUGAAUACGAUAUGUUCGUUGAACACACCUGCACCGACUUCGGAAUGGAAAAACAAAAGUUUCCAGGAGAUUCGGUGAUCACAGGCCAUGGUUUGGUGAACGGACGUCCGGUCUAUGUGUUCAGCCAAGACUUCACAGUAUUUGGUGGAAGCUUGUCCAGCAUCCACGCCAAAAAGAUCUGCAAAAUCAUGGACCAAGCUCUGAUGGUCGGAGCUCCGGUCAUAGGUCUUAAUGACUCAGGUGGUGCCAGAAUCCAAGAGGGAGUCGAUUCUCUGGCUGGAUACGCAGACAUUUUCCAAAGAAACGUUUUGGCUUCUGGAGUCAUCCCUCAGAUCUCUUUAAUUAUGGGGCCUUGCGCUGGUGGUGCCGUGUACUCACCAGCAAUGACUGACUUUACUUUCAUGGUGGAGGACACUUCCUACCUUUUUAUCACGGGGCCAGAUGUUGUAAAGUCGGUGACAAAUGAAGACGUGACACAACAAGAGCUGGGUGGUGCCAAAACGCACACCUCAGUUUCAGGAGUUGCUCACAAUUCGUUCAACAAUGAUGUGGAGGCUUUGUUGUAUCUGCGUGACUUCCUAGGAUUUUUACCUCAGUCCAACAAGUCCCCAGUGCCCAUCAGAGCUUGUGAUGACCCAUGUGAUUUGGAUGUUCCCCUAUUGGACACAGUGGUACCACCAGAGACGACAGCAGCCUACGACAUGCUGGACGUCAUUCUGGCCAUAGUGGAUGAAAGAGACUUUUUCGAAAUCAUGCCCAAAUAUGCCAAAAACAUUAUAGUGGGCUUCGCCAGAAUGAAUGGAAGAACAGUGGGAAUCGUAGGUAACCAGCCCAAAGUGGCUGCUGGUUGCUUGGACAUUAACGCUUCGGUGAAGGCGGCAAGAUUUGUUAGAUUUUGUGAUGCCUUCAACAUUCCUCUGAUCACUUUAGUGGACGUACCAGGAUUUUUGCCUGGUAUCAAUCAGGAGCAUUCUGGAAUCAUCAGGCAUGGUGCCAAAUUGUUGUAUGCUUAUGCUGAGGCUACAGUACCCAAACUGACCGUCAUUACAAGAAAAGGAUAUGGUGGUGCCUAUGAUGUGAUGUCUUCCAAGCACUUAAGAGGUGAUGUAAAUUAUGCUUGGCCUACUGCAGAGGUUGCAGUUAUGGGUGCCAAAGGAGCUGUUACUAUUUUAUACAGGGGCAAACCAGAUGUAGAGAAGUAUGAAGCCGAGUAUAUCGAGAAAUUUGGAAACCCAUUCUCAGCAGCUCAAAGAGGUUUCGUUGACGACAUAAUUGAACCAAGAACCACAAGGUGGAGAUUGUGUAGGGACUUGGAUCUUUUACAAACCAAAGAAUUGAAGAAUCCAGCUAAGAAGCAUGGAAACAUUCCAUUGUAAAAAUAAAAUCUAUUAUAUAAGAA